UCUCAACGUUCGAUCAGGGAUCAUUUCUUUCUGAGAAAACGACCGGCAGAUAAUUCUGCUGAUUCGUCUGCUAAGAAGCGAAGAACUCAUUUACAGAAUGGUCGUCGUAUUGAGCCGCCGGGGUCCCACCAAGGAGCCAAUGACAAACACACAGUCAGUGCGCAAAGGAGCAAAAGUGUUACUAAUGGUGAUGGUUUUCAACAGAUUGAUAGUCUUAAACAGCAAUCGCCUGUGCCUGCAUACAAAAGAUACAAGGGUCUUGUUGAGCAGCAGAGUUUCAAGUUGACAACUGAAGAAAGAGGGACGCCUGAAACUGCUAAGGACUUGGUUCAAGGUCCUGAAUCAUCUAUUCAAUCAAGAAAACAGUCUGUAAGCAGCAAACGUAAAGACAUAGGACACUCAGUUAGCAGCAAAUGUAAAGACUUAGAUGUUCCAUCGUGGCAAUGGAAAACACCUUGUGCUGACGACAGUGAUGUGAAAGAGCGGCAAGUGUUAAUGACAAAGAGUACAGAUGUUUAUUCAAAGAACAGUAAACUGCACACCGAAAUACAUACUGAUGAUGUGGGAUUGCCGGCACAUGAAAGAUACCAGCAUCUUGUGGAUGGCUUAGAGUUACCUCACCACUACAGAGUGCUGGCUGAGAAGUUUCGAUGUGUUGAUACCAUAGUCUCACUGAUGAAAAAUCGGAAGGAGACGUGCACGUUUACGAGGUUGAAGGGUGGUGUUGAGCAGAUGUGUAGAAGGUCAUUUGAGAAAAAGAACCUUGGCCAAAUGAAAACUGUGUGUCCUUCAGCUUACACAUUCCAACAAGAGAAGGGGUUGCCAUACUUUCAUGGUGAUAAUGAGGCAAAAGUUGAAUAUCAGUUGACUGUUGAUGUCAAUGUGGGAACAGUGGAUGGUGUCCAGUCAUUGGAGGAAAACAACACAAAACAUGCAGCAGCAGACCACAGAGUGUCAAAGUGUAAUUUUAGGACUACCAUUUCAUCACUUUUGAUUGCACGAAGAAGAAUCUUUCAUGAAAAACUGAUUGAGAUAGUGAAGCGCUAUCAUCAGAACUAUCUCAAGUCUUUGAAAGUCAAUGCUCCAAUAAGUGAGAUCAAACGGUGGCAUCCGAAAUUUGAUUUGAAUGGAGUACCGGACAUUGCGGUGUCACCGCUUCCAGAGCCUCCUAUAACACAAAGCUGUACAACAGCUGGUGACUUACUUCAGGAUGCAAAGCACAAAUUAACUCCUAAGGUAGUCAGAGCUCUCGAGUCUGCGAAUAGGAAGACUGUGAAGAAAGACGUAGGCAGAGAAACUUCUAAUACAUGUUUGGUUGAGGAACGUUUGUAUCCAAAUUCGAAACCGAAGAAGGUGCAUCCAGGUCUGAAAGGAGUUUGUUCCUCACUUCUGGAGAGGAUUCGAGAGAAAGAAACACAGAUGAUUGAAGAGACCCUAACACGAGAUCCAGCUGUUGAACAGAAACUGGCAAUGAUGUCUCGUCUGCCGGAAGUUUGCCGUGUAUUGCGUGGUACAUUUGUCACCGAGAGAAAGUCGUCAUUACCUUGGGAUAUUGUUAUCAAAAAGUUGCAUGACAGUUGCAGUACUGGAAUGUCUACAGUGCCAGCUGAAGAACACCUGAAACUUUUGAUCGAAGUUGUUCCUACUUGGAUCAGUCUGGUCACCGUCAGGCAUACAAAGUAUGUGAAACUUGAUCGGAAAGCUGAUUUGCCAGAUGUCUUGGCCAAGAUAAGAGAACAGGAGAAAGCAAUAACAUGUGGUAACUCAACAGUGAAGGAUAGUUGAUUACAUGCUGCUAUUUAGGAUAGUAGGAGUUAAACAUAAACAUUUAUUUAUUUCCAGCGUGAUGUGUUGGUGACAGAUUCUGGGCAAUCGUUAUCAUUUCUAAGCUUGAUGAGUACUGUACUAUAGUAAAAGAUGAUUUAAUGAGA